AUGGUUGGCCUGGGACCUCGCCCGCCGCCCUCGAGGAAAGGGUCCAAGGCGGAUAUCCCCAUGAACCUCCUCGAGGAGGUGCGGAGGCUGGAGGAGCUCUUCGUUGUCGACCAGAAGAAGCUCAAGGAAAUCACCGAUCACUUCAUUUCGGAGCUGGCCAAGGGCUUGAGCGUCGAGGGCGGCAGCAUCCCCAUGAACCCGACCUGGGUCAUGUCCUUCCCAGACGGCUAUGAGACGGGCACUUUUCUCGCCCUCGACAUGGGAGGCACCAAUCUCCGCGUCUGCCAAAUCACCCUGACCGACCAAAAGUCCGAGUUCGACAUCAUUCAGUCCAAGUACCGCAUGCCCGAAGAGCUCAAGACAGGCAAAAGCGACGAGCUCUGGGAGUACAUUGCAGACUGCCUGUACCAGUUCAUCGAGACGCACCACGGCGACUGCAAGAUGGAAAAGCUGCCCCUCGGCUUCACCUUCUCCUACCCCGCCACCCAAAACUACAUCGACGCGGGCGUUCUUCAGCGAUGGACCAAGGGCUUCGACAUUGCCGGCGUCGAGGGUGAGAACGUCGUGCCCAUGUUCGAGGCUGCGCUGGCCAAGCGCGGCGUGCCCAUCAAGCUAACGGCAUUGAUCAAUGACACGACGGGAACCAUGAUUGCCUCGGCCUACACUGACCCCAAGAUGAAGAUUGGCUGCAUCUUCGGCACCGGCUGCAACGCCGCCUACAUGGAGGACUGCGGCUCGAUCCCCAAGCUCGCGCACAUGAAGCUGCCCGCCGACACACCCAUGGCCAUCAAUUGCGAAUGGGGUGCCUUUGACAACGAGCACAAGGUGCUACCCAGGACCGACUUCGACAAGGUCAUUGAUCGCGACUCUCCUCGGCCUGGUCAGCAGGCGUUCGAAAAGAUGAUUGCUGGUCUGUAUCUGGGGGAGAUUUUCCGCCUGGUCAUGGUGGACCUUCACGACAACCGGGAUGCCAAGGUGUUUGAGGGCCAGAACAUUGACCUGCUGCGCAAGCCCUACGCCUUGGACUCGUCGUUCCUGUCCGCGAUUGAAGAAGACCCUUUUGAGAACCUGCAAGAGACACACGACCUGUUCACAAAGAAGCUCAACAUUACUUGCAACCGCGGCGAGCUGGAGCUCAUGCGACGGCUGGCCGAGCUCAUCGGCACCCGCGCCGCCCGCCUCUCCGCCUGCGGUGUCGCGGCCAUCUGCAAGAAGAAGGGCUACAAGUCCUGCCACGUUGGCGCCGACGGGUCCGUCUUCAACAAGUACCCGCACUUCAAGGCACGGGGUGCCCAGGCCCUCCGCGAGAUCCUCGACUGGCCGGAGAAGACUGACCCCAAGGAAGAGGAUCCCGUCGAGAUUCUUGCCGCCGAAGACGGCAGUGGUGUCGGGGCUGCCCUGAUUGCCGCCCUGACUCUCAAGCGAGUCAAUGCAGGAAACAUGGCCGGCAUCCUGCACCCCGAGAAUUUCAAGUAA